CCGUUGUUGCGAUGAUGAUCGAUGGCACGAGCGGAUCGUAGUUGACUCGGCGUACGUGAUCGCACGCGCGCGCGUGUGCAAUUCAACCGGUUGAUAAACGAUAAGAGUCAUUAUUUUCAGUUCUAUUAUCUAUGGAUGCCGUCCCGUAGGGUAAUAUAAAUAAAUUUUACAAUAAUUACAAUAUAUAUAUAUAUUAUACGGUUGUUUUCCAUUUCCUCGCACUCUAAACGCACGAACCUUACGCGUGUGAACUUUUCGCAUCAUUCUGGUGUACGGUACCUACGUUAAGAUCGGUCCGUCGACGGACGGUCAUUGAAACAGAGCCACUAUAGCGGUACGUACCCGCGACCGCGUAUCGUUUCCUAACGCCGGGAAUGUCGGUCGGAGACGAGACCGGGACGACGGCCGUACCUCCUGCAGCGUCCGCAGUCGUUGCCCGGGAGGACGACCGUCGGCAUGCUAUACAACGCCAAGAACCGUUGACGGCUGCGACAACAUCAGUCGGUGGAAGACCGUGGACGUUUGACGACGCGACAAGCAGACAAGCAUCGUCGUCCGCGCAAACCGCCGCCGCGGCCGGUGUCACUGACCGCACGCCGCUUUUGGACCAGCAGAUGACGCACGACGAUCAGGUCGAAGUCGGCUGCGUUGCUCGUGGCGCCGCGAACAGAAACGUGUGCACCGUCGAUGGGUUGAGUGAAAACUCCAAUUACGGAUCCGUUAAUGAAGACGAGUUCAUGAAUACACCACCAACCAUGACCGGAGCUUUUGUACGGCAACCGUCCAACAGUUCCGGUAAACAGCUAGUAUACUGCAUACAUGGCAAACCAUCCGGCUGUUGUGCCACCUUGGUAUCAGCCGAAGACAAAAAUUCCAACCACGAGAAACCGGACUUGACGGAUGGAAAAUCGUCCAUAACAAUAUUCAAUGAGCAUUGCCAUCCUAACCGCGACAGUACAUCGGAUCAUCAAAAAGCUAGACGGAAACUCAUAUUCGCUAGCAUAUUAUGUCUCAUAUUCAUGGCCGGCGAGUCAGUUGGGGGCUAUUUGUCGAGCAGUUUGGCAAUCGCUACGGACGCUUCGCAUUUACUCACAGAUUUCGCCAGCUUCAUGAUAUCGUUAUGUGCUAUAUGGGUGGCUUCAAGACCGGCCACGCAGUCGAUGCCAUUUGGAUGGUACAGGGCCGAGGUUUUGGGUGCCUUGACGUCUGUUCUCCUUAUCUGGGUAGUCACCGGUAUUUUAUUAUAUUUGGCCGUGGAGCGAAUUAUGAACAUGACGUACACAAUCGAUGCUGACAUUAUGCUCAUCACGUCCGCUGUCGGGCUGUGUGUUAACAUUGUUAUGGGCUUCACACUUCACCAGCACUCGCACUCGCAUGGCGGUAUCACCUCGCACAGCCAUGAAACUUCCGGUCCGAGGAGCACCAAUAUUAAUGUCAGGGCUGCCUACAUACACGUUCUUGGUGACAUUAUUCAAAGCCUUGGUGUUUUGAUCGCCGCCGUUGUCGUAUACUUUAAACCCGAAUGGAAAAUCGUAGAUCCAAUAUGUACGUUCUUCUUCUCCAUAUUGGUAUUAGUCACCACGUUCAACAUACUUCGGGAUACUAUGAUAGUGUUGAUGGAAGGUAUGCCGAAAGGUGUGAAUUUCGUAGAUGUACUAGAAACGUUCAUGAGCAUCGAUGGUGUGGUCAGGGUGCACAAUCUUAGGGUAUGGGCUCUGAGCCCAGACAAAAUUGCCUUGGCCGCCCACCUAGCAGUCGUACCCGGUGUUAAUACGACUGCAGUGCUGAAAGAUGCUUCGCGGAGGAUGUAUAAGAAGUACAAUUUCUUCGACUGCACAUUGCAAAUCGAAGAAUUCGAAACCCAAAUGGAGAACUGUGUACAGUGCCAACCACUCAAAAGCUGAUAAAACUGUUACUCACCGCGUUCCCACCUCACCAUUUCGCGAUCUCCAAACAUGUUUGAAAUAAUAAUAAUAUUCUAUAAAAUUUCAAAACCGUGUGCAGAUAAUAUAUUUUAUAAUCAACUGUCAAUUUUUCUUUGUGAGAACACCGAAUGCGUAGUGGUAUAGAUACUUUAUGAACCUAUGAGCAAAAUGAAUAUGUUGUACACUUUGAUUUCGAUUUACCUAUAUCUAUUAUAUGUAAUUAUAUUUCAUGUGUAUAAAAUCAGUUUUUAAUUGAUAGUAAAUCAUAAGUCAUAGUAAAUUUUUGAUUUUUCAAAACUAA